UUGAAGGUGGACUUCUAUGAUGAUAGAAUCAAGCAAAAAGCCAUGAAGACAGCAUCUGGCCUUUCAGGGGUUGAAUCAGUUGCUGUGGAUACGAAAGACAAGAAAUUGAUUUUAUCUGGGGACAUUGAUCCUGUACGUGCAGUGUCCAAGCUAAGAAAGUGUUGUCACACAGAAAUAGUUUCAGUAGGACCUGCAAAAGAGGAAAAGGACCCAACAAAUGUACCUGUUCCUCUCGAGCUUUAUUAUCAUAUGACAACACCACAAUAUGGUCAAAAUUACUAUGUUAGAAGUGUAGAAGAGAAUCCCAAUGGUUGUGUCAUAUGCUAA